AUGACGAGGUUUAUCCCUGGAUUCGCAUUGCCUAUGCUCCUUUUAAUAGCAUCUAUGCUUAACUGGAGUUUGAUAUCUUUGCUUGAUUUGAUGGCAUUUCUUUUCAUUCAGUACACUGCUUCUAGAAAGGGAUUUCGUGCCCAUCAACAAUCUUUGAUAUCAUGGUCUGUGCUAAUGUUAUCCUCUCUGACCCUACUCUCACAUGCCGUAUUUCAUAUUGUUUUGGUCAUUGAGGGGGAUCAGUGGAGUACUGUUGACGCUCAGUGGGCUCAGCUGAUUGGAUUUAUAAGAGUGCAGUCAUGGAAGACUUUGCUGAGAGAGUACUUUUUGGUCACACAAGUAUUAGCAACCUUUCUUUCUAUAAUUGAAAUCCAUGGAAAUGGAUCUAGACAAGAUGCAUGGAGAGAUUUUCAUUCUGGACACCUAUGUUCUUCUGUUCUGCUGAUAGGUUUGCCAUAAAAACUUCUCUUUUUGCCCUAACUUUUGCUUUGGGUUAGGGUUGUGUUGCUUUUCUCCCGUGCUCUGCUCAUGUUUGUUUAAAACGAGUUACUAUUACUGAUAUACAGAGGUACAUUUUGCAUUAUUGAUUAUUUGGAGUUUGUUUCUGUCUUCUUUUCCUGUAUUUAUUUUUCAAGGAUGGUUUUGG